AUGGUAAACAACGCCGAGCGAGUCAACAGAGUGCUGAUAACAUGCAUCAGGGCUUUAAUCGAAGAGGAUCAUCGUGAGUGGGACGUCAAUCUUUCAGCCAUUACUGCCGCCAUAAACAGUGCCAAACAUGAGGUUACCGGGAUUAGUCCGCACUGCGCUAACUUCGGCAGAGACUUACUGCUGCACACGGAUCUUUACACGCAGCAAGACAUAAACACACCAAAGGAUCCCAAAGUGGCACAAGAUGUGCGAUUAUCUACAAUUCGUCGCAUACAGGAGUUCAUUCAACAACGCAUAAAAAACAACCACGCAAAAUCGAAGAAGCGAUACGACGUCAAUAAGAAACCAGCUACAUUUCUUGUGGGAGACUUGGUGUGGCGUCGCAACUUUACCCUUUCAUCGAAGGCGGACCACAUCAAUAGAAAAUUGGACCCCAAAUUUGUACCGGCGAUGGUUAGGAAAAUUUUGGGCACCAACCUCUACGAAUUGGAGGAUGUCCAAUCAGGAAAGCAGGGUCGGUAUCAUGCCAAGGACAUGAAAGCCGACUAA